AUGAAAUCCUGCUACUGGCCUGAGCAGCGAAUUGUCAACCGCGUUUAUAUCGCUAGGACCUGCCGUGGAUCAAAUGAAGGCAAAACAGGGGUCGAUGUCAAAGGAAAUCGAACAAGUGAGAAGGAUGACACGAACCAACUGAAUAAUGAUUGUCGAUCUAUCCUUCCCCUUUGGAGUGUCCAAGGGAAACGCCGUGCAGCAGCUAUUCGAAAAAUUGGCGUAUGGAAAACCAAUAUUCGACUCCGACAGUGA